UUUGAGGACCAAGUCAUUUUACAGCGUAAUAGAUUGGAUGUGUUUUUCUGCUGUCUCUCAGGGAAGAACCCAAAAGAUGACUAUUUGGAGGCAAUGAUGACAGAAGCUCCUGGGCCAAUAAACUUCACAAUGUUUCUCACGAUGUUUGGAGAGAAGCUUAACGGCACAGACCCGGAGGAAGUCAUCCGUAAUGCGUUUGCGUGCUUUGACGAGGAAGGAACAGGCUUCGUUCAGGAGGACUACCUGAGGGAGCUGCUGACCACUAUGGGUGAUCGGUUCACAGAUGAAGAUGUCGAUGAGCUCUUCAGAGAAGCGCCGAUCGAUAAAAAGAGCAACUUCAACUAUGUGGAGUUCACCCGUAUUCUUAAACACGGAGCCAAAGACAAAGACGAUUAGACAAAC